CCAGGAGAAAAGAAAAGGGAAAUAAAAAUAAGAAAGAGAAAGUGCGAGAGAAAACGCACAUUAAGCGAAUAUGAUGUUAGCUUCCGUGUCCCACUGUCCCGUCUAUAAAUAGCCAGCUCGCCUCUUCUCCCCUCUCCCGAAUAAAACACAGCUCCUCCUCCUUCUCCUUCUCCUUCUCUCUCUCAGAGACAGACACACACUUAGUCUAUCUACAUUAUUCAGUAGGGUUUUCUCAUUUCCGGCGACAAAGUUUGAGCUUGAGUCUAAGCACUACAUAAGAGUGAGUUUGUUUGUUUGUUUGUGUGAUGGACACGUACGCCUUGCACUUAGCUAUGGCCGCGCUGGUGGGGGCAUCCGCGGUGGCUGUGUCUGCCUACUACAUGCACCGCAAAACCCUAAACCAUCUGCUGGAGUUCGCCAAGACUAUAGAGAGAGAAAGAGAGAGGGGGGACGCAGUUGCGGAGGACGGUGGAGUAGGAUACGGCGGCGGUGGUGCUGACUCGCCUCAGCAUUUCAAAAGGUACGGCUCCGUCGAUAAGAGGCGCAACCACGGCCGACGGAAGGGAAGCGGCUACUACCGUCGAGGUUCCGCUUCGUUGCCGGACGUCACUGCGAUUUCCGGAGGGAUGGAUAUCCUUGACGACAGGAGGAAUGGUCCGGUUCAUGUUGAUUCUAUUCCGACUGGAUUACCCAGGCUCCACACGCUUCCUGAAGGGAAAUCUAAUCAUGCAAGUUCUGCCAAGAGAUCUGGGCAUCUUAUCAGACCCACUUCUCCCAAGUCUCCUGUUGCUAGUGCCAGUGCUUUUGAAAGUGUGGAAGGAUCAGAUGAUGAAGAUAAUAUGACUGACAGUGCUGGACUAAACGAUGCAUAUCUACAUGCCAAUGGGAAUGCGGAUUUACCGGAUCACAGGAAUGCCAAUAAUGGAGAGCAAAUGGCUAUGUCUGCAUCAAGUAUGAUUCGAUCCCAUAGCGUAUCUGGUGAUCUGCACAGUGUGCAACCAGACCCUGUGGCUGCGGACAUUCUCAGAAAAGAACCAGAACAGGAAACCUUUGUGAAGCUGAAAAUUGCCCCAAGGGAGACACCAUCUCCUGAUGAAGUGGACGUCUAUCGGAAUCUGCAAGUGUGCCUAGAAAUGAGAAAGACAUAUGUAUUUAGGGAAGCUGUUGCGCCAUGGGAAAAGGAAAUCAUAACUGAUCCAAGCACACCAAAGCCCAUUCCAAAUCCAUUUGAUUAUAUGCCAGAACGAAAAUCUGAUCAUUCUUUUCAGAUGGAAGAUGGAGUUGUGCAAGUUUAUGCUAAUAAGGAGGCAACGGAGAAACUUUUCCCAGUAGCUGAUGCAACCACCUUUUUCACUGACCUGCACCACAUCCUUAAAGUUAUUGCUGCGGGGAAUAUUCGGACACUAUGUCACCAUCGCCUAGUACUUUUAGAACAAAAAUUCAACCUCCAUUUGAUGCUUAAUGCUGAUCGGGAAUUCCUUGCUCAAAAAAGUGCCCCACACCGUGACUUCUAUAAUGUCAGGAAAGUCGACACCCACGUUCACCACUCAGCCUGCAUGAACCAGAAGCAUCUUUUGAGGUUUAUAAAGUCAAAGCUGAGGAAAGAGCCUGACGAGGUUGUCAUAUUUCGUGAUGGUACCUAUUUGACAUUGAAAGAAGUUUUUGAGAGCUUGGAUUUAUCUGGGUAUGAUCUGAAUGUUGACCUACUGGAUGUUCAUGCUGACAAGAGCACCUUUCAUCGAUUUGACAAGUUUAAUCUUAAGUACAACCCUUGUGGUCAAAGUAGGCUAAGGGAGAUUUUUCUGAAGCAGGAAAACCUUAUACAGGGUCGUUUCCUUGGUGAGCUGACUAAGCAAGUUUUUUCUGAUCUUGAAGCAAGCAAAUAUCAAAUGGCUGAAUACAGGGUAUCCAUAUAUGGCAGAAAGCAGAGUGAGUGGGACCAGCUGGCUAGUUGGAUAGUAAACAAUGACUUGUAUAGCGAGAAUGUUGUCUGGUUGAUUCAGCUUCCAAGACUCUACAAUGUCUACAAGGAAAUGGGAAUUGUGACAUCUUUUCAGAACAUUCUUGAUAAUGUUUUCCUUCCUUUGUUUGAGGUUACUGUGGAUCCAGAUUCACAUCCUCAGUUGCAUGUUUUCUUGAAGCAGGUGGUUGGAUUUGAUUUGGUGGACGAUGAAAGUAAGCCAGAAAGACGUCCUACAAAACACAUGCCGACACCUGCUCAGUGGACCAACAUAUUCAAUCCUGCAUACUCAUACUACAUUUACUAUUGUUAUGCUAACUUAUACACCUUAAAUAAGCUUCGCGAGUCAAAAGGAAUGACCACUAUCAAACUCCGUCCACAUUCUGGAGAGGCUGGUGAUGUUGACCACCUUGCAGCGACAUUUCUUACUGCUCAUAAUAUUGCGCAUGGAAUCAACUUGAGAAAAUCUCCUGUACUUCAGUAUUUGUACUACCUGGCCCAGAUUGGUCUUGCCAUGUCUCCACUGAGCAACAACUCAUUGUUUUUGGACUACCAUCGGAAUCCAUUUCCCAUGUUUUUCCUGCGUGGCCUCAAUGUGUCGCUUUCAACUGAUGAUCCUUUGCAGAUUCACCUAACAAAAGAGCCCCUCGUGGAAGAAUACAGCAUUGCAGCUUCUGUUUGGAAGUUAAGUUCAUGUGAUAUAUGUGAGAUUGCACGGAAUUCAGUUUAUCAAUCUGGUUUCUCUCAUGUACUGAAGUCUCACUGGGUCGGGAAGGAAUACUACAAGAGAGGACCAGACGGGAAUGAUAUUCACAAGACAAACGUACCUCAUAUCCGCCUUGAAUUUCGUGAUAUGAUUUGGAGAGAGGAGAUGCAACAGGUUUAUUUGGGAAAUUCUAUAUUUGCUGAACAUAUUGACCCAUAAUAAGCUUGGCUGGCUUUCUUUUGCGAGCUGGAACUUUUACAUUCUAUGUGGAGAUAAGGGCUGCAACGGUACUACAAAUUAAUGAUGGUGUUGCCUGCGCGUCUGCUCCUCUUUUUCUUUUUCUCAGGAAAAGUGCAAAAAAGCCAAGGACCUGCGGAAUAGAACUUUAGAACAGUAGAAUAUGCAUCUCAAGAAAAAUUAAAGAAAAGAAAUAAAGCAAAAGCCAAACAGGACAUAUCCAUGUAAUAGAGAGUAGUACAAGGUAACUUUGUAUUUUACUUUGUAUAAACAUGUAUAAUGUGAUCCGUCACCCACGGCAACUGAAUGUUGAAUCUUAUUUGAAAACACAAUAAUGAGUUCUUGAGUUGCGACUCAGUUGUUGCCAA